AUGGCAAGGAAGACGGAUUAUUAUCUCUCCCAGUGCGCUCUUGCUGCCAGCAAGUCGUCCAUGACAUACCAUCUUGGUGCAGUACUCGUAAAAGGAGGCAAAGUCAUAUCAACGGGCUAUAAUCAUCAUCGCACGCACUAUGACGGAAACGACAUACUGAAGCAUGGUCAUCGCAAACCCACUUCCAUGCACGCGGAAAUGCAUGCCAUCUUUAGCUUGACUGGCAUGUCUCCUUCAUUUAAGCAGCAAGUUCAACUCUCGCUGCGACGUACCGCUGCAGCCAAAAGAAGGCCGCGCGCGUUUUAUGAGACGAAAACACAGUCUUCCCUUCGGAGCCCUGACUCGUGUUGCGCGAUUGAUGCUGAAUUGUCUCCGCCUUGCGAUAUGCUGUUUGUAGAGCCACCGAGAGGGCGGAAUGCACGCCGCAGGGACUCAAAGGUAAACGGUGCAGAUAUCUAUGUUGCGCGCAUCAUCAAAAAUGGCCUGGGCGCCGCAAAGCCUUGUUGGCGAUGCAUACACUGGUGUUGGUGGUUCGGUGUGAAGAGGAUAUUUCAUUGGAAUCCUGUCAUCGGAGAUUUCGAGGUGUUAAAAGUAAACGAAGGUUAUAAAGAUCACUACGAGACGCAAACCGAUGUACGACUUUUCGCGCGUUUAAAACUACUGAAUGAAUAA